CUAUAUUGUAUACUUGUUAUCCACACUGUCAUGCUGUGGAGAUUGCAGAUUUUUUGUGAAAAUGAAGUGAUUUGUUACAUCUGCGCAGUUAUCGGCUGUGCAUCAUGUCAUCCUCAAGCGAGGAGAUAAAAGGUAGGAGGGGAAGCCUUAAUAUAGAAAUUCCAAAUUUCUCCUUGAGAAGGAUGGUGUUGGUGGGAAUGACUGGAGCAGGUAAAAGUUCUUCUGGAAACACAAUCCUGGGCAGAGAAGCCUUCAGAGUCGCCAAAAGUGGUUCAUCUGUUACUAAAGAGUGUGGGAAAGAGACCGGAGAAGUGGCUAGGAGAGAAAUUACAGUGGUAGAUACACCGGGUAUGUUUGACACAGAUAUUUCAGAGCAGGAUCUUCUGAAGCAGAAGAUCAGUAAGUGUAUAAACAUGACAGCACCUGGACCUCACGCCAUCCUCCUGGUCAUUAAACUGGGUCCGUUUACUGAAGAGGAGAAGAUGUCAGUGGAGAAGAUCAGAGCCAUAUUUGGAGAAGAAGCAGAUAAACACACGAUCAUCCUCUUCACUCACGGCGAUAAACUGACGGACCGCACUAUUGAGGAACACAUCAGUGAAGCUGGUGAAGACCUGAAAGAAAUCCUGAGUCGCUGUGGAGGAAGAUAUCACGUCUUCAAUAAUAAAGACAUGGAGGAUCGUAAUCAAGUUGUGGAGCUCCUGGAGAAGGUAGAUGACAUGGUCUCUGCUAAUGGAGGUGGAUUUUACACCAAUGACUCUUACCACGAAGUGGAUCUCAUGCUGAAAACAAAAGAAGAGGAACUUAGACAAGAAUAUGAAAAGAAACUACAAGAAAAAGAAAGAGAAUUGGAGUCCAGAUUUGCUAGAGAGAAAAAGAAACUAGAUGAUAUAUUGAAUGAGUACAAGCGUUAUUAUAAAGCAAAGCUCAAAGAGUUCAGACUGGAGUUAGAACGGACUUAUACUCAUGAGAAAAUACUGAUAAAGAUCCUUACCACGUUAAAAGGCCUCAAAUAAUUAUCGGAUUUAAACUCUGCAUGAAAUCAAAAUUUACUUUUGAUGUUAGCGCAUAUAAGUAGUCUUGGGAACAAUUAAUCUAAGUUAAAACACAGAAAAAAAACGUUUGUCGUGGUAAACUUGAAUCAAAAUCUGAAAAGUUACUUCCGGUCUGGAAUGGCGUUCCUUCUCUGAUAACGUCAGUUUGACGGCUUGGGUUGAAAACACGUAAACCACUCCUCUGUAACCGUUUGCUAUGAGCGAGAGAUGGAGAGGAGGAGCGCUGAAGUAAAACUCUGCCUUCUAUUCAGUAUUCCGUUUUACAGGGACUUAAAAAAAAUUCAAUCACAUUCCUGUUAUAUUGUCAGUCUUAUAUCAUAAGGCUUAUGAAGAGUGUGCAGUAUUACUUGUAAUUAACCAUUUGUAUUGUAAAUUUCUCGCUAGUGAGCAGGCUUUACAAUAGGUGGUGUUUUUAGUGUUUCAGGCAGGUUUUUGAGCCCGUAAGUCACGGCAAAAUCACGCCAAACUGCCUGAGCGCAAGGAAUUGUGGUAGCUAGAUGUAAACAAAUCAGCAUGGCAGACCGUACAAGGCUUAUGCUCAUUUACAAUCAUUUCUAUCUCCAAAGUGCUUAUUUGAGGGAAACGGAGGAAGGAAAAUGGUGCUUAAGGCAAAAGAAGCUGUUAUACCUUUUAUUUUACAUUAUUUGUAUAUUUGGAAAUGUAUUUGGAAUUAAUUUAUUCUUGCACUCAAUGUACUGUAAACUAGCUAACACUAGAAUAGCUGCUGAUAAUGCAUAACAUUUGCAGAUAUGUGUACCACUUGCAUAAAUACCGCAUCCAUAGGGUCUGCCAUUGUUGCUUCACUGGCUGUGUGACGUUAGAAGGCGGAACUGGGAGUGUGUCGAUCUAGUAGUUCACGGGUUCACGGGUGGGAAGUCAGGGGUUUGACUGCCGUUCCAGUGCACUUUGAUGGCUAGAAGGUUGGAAAAACAUGGGUUACGGGUUGCCUGGAACGUGGCAUCUGUGCUUAGAUGGCUAGAAGAUUAUGUCAGUAUGCUAGAGAUUGGUGCGGCUAACAGUUCUGGUGUAAACGACCCAAAAAUGACAAACAAGCAAGCUGAAACUUGCUUGACCAAACUUCUUGCUUCAUUGAAAAUGGACAUCGCAACACUUUCAUGAUCAGAUUUUAAAUUAAUCUUACAAGUGAGUUUGAGGACAUUAAAUCUGAAGUAAAGGCCGUUAAAACUGAAGUUGUCAGCAGCAUUGACCUGUUACGUGCUGAUCUAGAGUCCAUGAAGAAAACGGUAACUGAAAUGGAAGAAGGCCUCAGCGCAUACUCUGAUGAGAUAACAGGUCUACACAAAUCUGCGCAAGAGGGAGUCAGAGAUUGCUAACCUGCAGGAAAAAUGUCUUGACAUGGAGAGACGAAUGAGGGGAUGCAGUAGUUCCCCUCUGCAGUACAACAGAGCCAAGAUAUCAAUAUUCCUGGACUUUCCUCCAGCUGUGGAAAGUGCAAGAGCAGCAUUUAAUGAGUUCAAGAAAUUACUACGAGGAUGAGAUGGCAUUCAUUAUGGUGUCCUUCAUUCAGCCAAACUCCAACAGGUUUGAGAAAGAAUUUAAAGAUGAUUUACGAUGAUUUAAGAUGAGUCAAACCUCACUGUUAUUAUAGAUAUUUAACAGAUGUAAUAGGGCCUGGUCAUGUUCUCCUGAUAGUGUAAAUGUAUGUGGGUUUUUUGUUUGUUUGUUUGUUUGUUUUUUUCCAUUAUUAUUAUUUUUAUUAUUACAAUUAUUGAGUACAUUUACCAAAGCCAUCAGACUAUGAAGAACCUGUAAUAAUAAGCUAGGAUGAAGCUGACAAACUGAUUAUUAACAUCGAUUAAGUUUCUCUUUUUGUAAAUUAUCCUGUUAUAAUAAUCCGUUAUUGUUAAAGGGUUAGUUUACCCAAAAAUUAAAAUAAUGUCAUUUAUUACUCACCCUGAUGUCGUUCUACACCCGUAAAACCUUUGUUCAUCUUCGGAACACAAAUUAAGAUACUUUUGAUAAAACAGUCGAAGUGACUGCAGUGCUCCAACCUUAAUAUUAUGAAGCAACAAGAAUAUUUUUUGUGCACUAAAACAAAACAAAAAUAACUGUCAUUCUCAUACAUUGUUUACGUGUAGCGCUUCCAGGUUCUACGUGAGAUCACCUGUUCACUUGAGGAGCACAGUGCAUGCAUGUGAUAAGAGCUAAUGUUUGUGCAUUUAUAAAAUCGAAUUAAAUACCCUAAUUGAACUAAGACCUAAUCCUGGCUUAAGCUAAGCCCUGUCUGAAAUAUAUAAGGUGAAGAAAGCCCAAACAGCUCAUCUAUGGAAGCAGAGCAGACUCAUUAAUAAUUCACUCAAACAACACAAUGCACACAUGCGUAGCCAAUUUCACCAGCAUGAAACCAAAUUCAUGUGCAAAAAAUAAUUCAUGUGCAUGAAUAUAUUAACUGAAGUUAAAGAAGUUCAGUUGAAGCUAAAAUGUAUUAACUGCUGCUGUUUAGUCCAUGUGUGAGUAAAAACAUUUAUAAUAUUGUAGUAUAUAUAGUAUUGAUGGAUUCUUAUGUUUACUUAUAUAUAAACAUAUUCAUAUAAAAAAAAUAUAUUCA